CCAUUCAUUUGCAGAGAGGGAGAAGCUCACGUCCACAUAAAGAGCAGUAGGCGGUUCGUCAGGCUAGAGCUUCCCAGUUUUAAUAACCUUCAACAACUUACUCUUUUCGCUGUGUAAAAAACGAGUUAUAAAACAGAUUACUAUCGGGUGGGUCAACUCAGUGAAGAAAUGUCCAAAUUAUUCCGGGCUGUUAUCAUGGGUCCACCAGGCUCAGGAAAAGGGACCAUCUCGGAGAGAAUUGCGCACAGUUUCGGACUCAAACAUAUAUCCAGUGGAGACUUCGUUCGGGAAAACAUCUCUGCUAAUACGGAAGCUGGUGUUUUGGCAAAGACUUAUAUAAAAAAGGGAUUGCUUGUGCCAGACCAUGUCAUGACUCGCCUUCUGCUGCCUAGAUUGGAGGAGAUGACCAAAUACAGUUGGUUGUUAGAUGGUUUCCCUCGAACUCUAGCUCAGGCAGAUGCCCUGAACAGUAUCUGUGAUCUAGAUGUAGUCUUCAACCUCAACAUCCCUCUGGAAACACUUAAAGAAAGACUACGUCAUCGCUGGACACACCCAUCCAGUGGGAGAGUAUACAACAUGUAUUUCAAUCCCCCCCGAAUCCAGGGGCUAGAUGACAUUACAGGAGAGCAGUUGAUUCAACAGGAAGAGGACAGACCAGAAGCUCUGGUGGCCAGACUGAGACACUACAAAGAUAUUGCCAAACCUGUCAUAGAUUUAUAUAAGGCUAAAAGCAUCCUGUACACAUUCUCAGACACAGAAACAGAUCGGAUCUGGCCAAAUAUCAGCACACUCCUCAGCACAAAGAUCCCCAUUGUCCAGUCAGAUGCUCGGUGUACCUCAACUCACUGAGGUAACACUGACUCUCUUAUCCAAGAGAACAAUGUGGCCUCAUCUCAGAGGAGUUACCUUUUCACAACAUUGAUUUCCAAAGAUUGGUUACUUCAGAUUGUCUGUUAGAAGUACAGUAUUAUCUUUUAUAGCGCAAACUUUGAUUGUGUCAUAUGGAUUCUGAAAAGAUUACAUGGGUAUUUAACUGGGUUCUGCCUUUAGAAAUUUGAAGCUGAUUUAGUCAGGGUAAAAUACUGCUAAUUUACCAAAGGCAUCCUUUUAAAUGGGGCCGAAUUAUAUAAAUAUGUGACUGAAUCAUACGAACGUGGUGUAAAUAAUAUAUGAUAGGGGGAUAUGGCUUCUAGUGUGUGAGACACUGUUCAAGCAUUCCAUAUAGCUUAUGCUAUGCAAACAUUUCUUGGUAAUGUCACAGUGCCAAUAAACACCAUUUACGUCACAAUGUUACAGAUAUCUUAAGCCUUGUCAUCAGCUUUAAACAUUUUUGGAGCCAUAUCUGAAGGAAACUUUUGACAGUAGAGAAACUUAAGAUGUCAACAGAUCACAUAUGGAAAAGUUUUGCAAUUUAAAAACAUUAACGGUGUUCCAAUAUAAAAAAAGUAUUAUAUUGUAAGAGCAAUUUAUCAUAAGCCCUUGAUUACAUUACAGCACUGGUUGUGAAUUAAAUUUGUUCCAGAAACAAAGAUAAGGCGAAGGACCUCAGAAUGUUUGUUAUACGUGACUUUAUAUGUAUAAGCAUCUUUUUAAGUCUUUGUUUAGUUUUUUAGAUUGUCUUCUCUACCUUUUGCUCUUUCAGUGUCAGUCAGUCUAGUUUAUUAACCAAUCAUGUUUGGAGAAAAUACCUUUUAAUAUGUUCACACCUACUUGUUUUGCAAUUCACACAUCAAUAAACAAGCUUAAGCUUUUCUUUCACCAGCAAAAUAAACGUAUUUUCUCAUAAA